CUUUAUGCCUAAUAUGCUGAAAAUUUGUAAGUGUUUGACCUGCAAAGAACGUUACCAGCAAGGUUAUGAUUACAUCAACCACGUUUAGACCGCAAAGGACUUGAGUUUUGACUACUUUGAUGAGCUGCUCUUCUCGUUAUUUGCCGAACUGGAUCAGAAGGUGGCAAUUUUACGCGAAGAGAUGGAUAGCAUAGCCUUGCUACUGGAAAGAAGACAGAGGGCACUACGUCUCAAUUUGAAGAUAGAAGUUGUAACAGUUUCUUACCAAAUACCGUCAAUGCACAGACUCGUCUCUGUGGCGCAUAUUUACCAAGCGAAGAUGAACAGCAGAAUCGUCGAUUUCCAAAACUCACAGCCCGCUCGACAAGUUGUCCUUACAGUAGGAAGGAGACGGAAGCGACAACAACUGCGCGAAGGAGGUAGUUAG